UUUUGUAUUGUUUUUGAGCCAGUCUGUGCUCAGAGGAUUCUCAAACAACCCUCAGCCUCUUGCAGUGAGCACCAGGCCGAUCUUCUGCAGCUGAAGAGAGAAUGCAAAGAGGAGCUGGAGAAGUUACAGGAGGAUUAUGGCCAGGAGCUCUCCAGAUUAAGGGUGGAAAACGAGGACAAUGUCGCCCGCCUGAAGUUCACCCUGUCCCAGCUGCAGGCUAAGCACUCUCAGGUUGGGAGCCUUCAUCGUGGAGAGCUCAGAGACGUUGCUGUGUCCACGGGAGAUGACUUUUUACACAAAGCCUUCCGUAAUGUCUGCAUCCAGACAGACAGAGAGACCUUUGUGAAGACUCCCGAGGAUGGAGAGGGGACUAGGAGAUCUUGCACCAGCCCUCAGCAGCAGAGGGUGACCCCCAAAAAGCUAGACCUGGCUUCUAUCAGCUUGAGCCUGGCCGGCCAGCGUGAGGGCACAGUGUCUUCCUCUCUAUCAUCAGACCAUCCAUCCCACACUCUUCCCCCUCCUCCUCCUCCUCCUCCUCCUCCACCUCCUCCUGGAGUGCCACUACCAGCACCAGCAAAUUGUCCUCAGACCACGCUACCAACCAAAACAGACAAUCUGCCCCCUCCUCCACCACCUCUGCCAUGUUUGUCAUCAACCGUGAACCACAUGCAACCAUCGAAUAACCCUCCGCCACCACCUCCUCCACCACCACCUCCACCCAUGCCAGGUUUAGCUCCCCCACCACCACCUCCACCUCCACCCAUGCCAGGUUUAGCUCCACCACCUCCUCCUCCAGCUGGGGGUUUCUUAAUGGAUAAACCUUCCAGGAAACCUACAGUGGAGCCUUCACGACCCAUGAAGCCUCUUUACUGGACCAGAAUCCAGAUCCAGGAAAACAAUAACAACACACUGUGGAAUGUUCUGGAGGAACCACAUAUAAUUAAUGCUGCUGAGUUCGAGGAUCUCUUCGCCAAAGCCACCACCAAGACCAAGAGGAAGCCGCUGUCAGAGGCCUAUGAGAAGAAAGCCAAAGCCAAGAAGCUCAUUAAGCUGCUGGACGGUAAGCGUUCUCAGGCUGUGGGAAUCCUCAUAUCAAGCCUCCACCUGGAGAUGAAAGAUAUACAACAAGCUGUGCUGACUGUGGAUCACUCUGUGGUGGACCUGGAGACCAUUGAAGCGCUGUAUGAAAAUAGGGCUCAGCCAGAUGAGCUGGAGAGGAUCAAAAAACACUACGAGACCUCAGCAGAAGAGGAAGUUAAACUGCUGGACAAACCUGAACAGUUUCUGUACGAGCUCUCUCAGAUCCCAGACUUUGCAGGCAGAGCUCACUGCAUCAUCUUCCAGGCAGGAUUCAUUGACGGGAUCGCAUCCACCCAAAGCAAACUCAACACAGUCUCCUCUGUCUGUAAGGCUCUAUUGGAGAACGAUGAUGUGAGGGAGGUGAUGGGACUGGUGUUGGCUCUGGGGAAUCACAUGAACGGUGGCAGCAGGAUCAGAGGGCAGGCUGAUGGCUUUGGACUCGACAUCCUACCCAAACUCAAGGAUGUGAAAAGCAGAGAUAAUCGCAUCAGCCUGGUGGACUACGUGGUGUCAUACUACCUGCACAAUGUGGACAAGAAUUCCGGCACAGACAAGAGCAUAUUCCCCCUUCCUGAACCUCAGGACGUCUUCCUGGCAGCGCAGGUCGAGUUUGAUGACCUCAGCAGAGACUUGAGACAGCUGGGACGAGAUCUGAUAAGAUGUGAAAAAGACGUACAGAAGGUUUGCUCUGACUCUCCUGAAGAACACCUGCAGCCGUUUAAAGACAAGAUGGAGGCUUUUGUUCUCAGUGCACGAAAAGAACACGCUGAAGCUUCUUACGAGUUGAUGACUGCACAAAAAAGUUUUCAGGACAUGGUUCUGUACUUUGGACUGAAGCCUAAAUCAGGAGAGAAGCAGGUGACAGCCGGUCAUUUCUUCAUGCUCUGGUUUGAGUUUUGCACCGACUUCAAAGCCAGGUGGAAGAGGGAGAACAAGAACAUCUCUAAUGAGAGGCUGAAAGAGGCUCAGCUGUCCGUGAAGAGGAUCACAGGAGAGAAGAAAGUGGAGACCAGAAAGAUUAACCCAAACAGUCUGAAAGAGCGACUGCGCCAGAAAGAAGCCAGCAUGUCUUCAACUUAGACUUAGGAGACAGAAAAAUAUACAAUUCUCACCAACAUUUCAUAUAGCUCUUCUAUUUUUUUUUUGUAUAUGUUCAUGGAUUGAUGCUAUUUACUAACUGACAGCAAAGACUGAAAACAAAUAUUUUGUGCAAUAUAUACAGACAUUAGUGAUCAUUUCAACUGUAAAUAGAUUCUUAAAUUCUGCUUUGAUUCUGAUGUGUCGUCUCAUAAUUUCCUAUAUUUUUCCACAAUAAAAUCACUGAUCAGGAAAAAUUGUGA